GGAUCACGCCUGACUACACCCUGCACCUUCUUUACGCCCUGAGCUUGACAGAACCAAACCUGCCUUUUGCGGGAAAUAAGAAGCCGCCGAAACCCAUUACCGUGUCCGGACUUGCAAAUUACAAGACAAACUAUCGCCAACAUGGCGUCCUUUACCCCCGCCAGCAUUCUCAUUUUUGGGGCCACCGGCAACAUUGGCAGCCAUAUAACCGAAGCCAUCCUCAAAGCCAGCCCGGGCCUUGGCAAGGUCACCGUCUUCACGUCACAGGGGACGGCGGACGGCAAAAAGGAGCUGCUGGACCGGUGGAAGUCGCAGGGCGCGGGCGUGGUGGUCGGCGACCUCGCAAGCGCUGCCGACGUGUCGGCGGCCUACAAGGAUCACGAUGUCGAUACGGUGGUGUCGGCCGUCGGGCGCAACGUGCUGGCCCACCAGAUGGAGCUGAUCCGGCUGGCCGAGGCGUCGGGCACGGUCAAGUGGUUCUUCCCGUCCGAGUACGGCACCGACAUCGAGCACAACGAGCGCAGCGCGGGCGAGAAGCCGCAUCAGGUCAAGCUGGCGGUGCGGCGCAUGAUCCGGGAUGAGAUCAAGAGGUUGCACGUCACGUACCUCGUCACGGGCCCCUACUUUGACAUGUGGGUCACGGCUGGCAACUUUGACGCCGCCAGGAGGGAGGCCAACGUGAUCGACGACGGCGAGGGGAGGAUCGGCUUCUGCACCAUGCCCGAUGUGGGCAAGUUCCUCGUGGCGGCCCUGCGCCACCCCGAGGCGUCGUUCGGUAAGGCGCUCAAGGUGCAGUCCUUCGUCGUGACGCCCAACCAGGUGCUGGCCGAGUACGAGAAGCAGACGGGCGGCUCGAAGUGGAAGGUGGCCAAGACGCCGCUCGACCAGUACCGCCAAAUGGAGCAGAAGGCAUGGGAGGAGGGCGACGCCAAGGCUACGAUGCGGACGCUGCGGCGCAUCUGGGCCGAGGGCGGCACGCUGUACGACAAGAACGACAACGAGCUGCUGGAGAUGGGCGAGGGGGAGUUGGAUUCUCUGGAGGUGGCCGUGAAGAGGCAGUUGGCUGGGCAGUGAUUCCACAAAGGGGGAUGUCGGAUAUCAUAGCAUGAUGUGCGAUGUAAUUACACAUAGAAUUGAAGCUGCACGAGCCACCAGCGCCCAGAGAUCACCAAGCUGGGGCCCCAGAGUGAAUUGGGCAGCCCCUGGCCCUCCAUAGCGUCACAGCGGGGAUGCCUGCCGCUAGAAUGUCUCGAGGUUCAGCAACCACGUGCGC